GUAAACAACGGACUGUUCUCAGCAGUGCGGGUGUUUAGUUUUGGUUCGUGUCGGUGCCGGAAGAUGAAAAAUCGAUACUGAAAUUGUAGAAUUGAGCGAUUUUACUGUUGAAUGUACUGAAUUGAGAAGUCCUGCUUUGAUUUGAGUUUAAACCACACUUGAUCGAUGAUCUACAGUUGUCGGUCACCAUGGUCUGUCUUUGUAGCCUGUACGCACAGCUUUAUUUAGUGCUGUUCGUAGGAUCGUUCUGUCUGAUAGGAACAUUAACGGUGUUUCUACUUUUACGGCAACUUAUCAAGCGCCAGAAGGGUAAACGCCUUGACAACGACAAAUACGUGGCCCUGUUCCAUCCAUACUGCAAUGCUGGAGGAGGCGGAGAACGGGUGCUGUGGUGCGCCGUCCGUGCUCUACAGAAUAAAUACGAAGGAAUAAAACUAUUUAUCUAUACCGGUGACUUGGAGGCUACUCCCGAGGAAAUUCUAAAUAAAGCAGAGAGAACAUUCAAUCUCACAUUGGACACGGAAAAAAUUAAAUUUGUAUAUCUGAAACAGCGCAAAUGGAUCGAAGCAAAAUGGUACCCCUACUUCACCUUACUAGGACAAAGCUUGGGCUCUAUGGUACUAGCUCUGGAGGGUUUGCUCAAUCUACAGCCGGAUGUUUUUAUCGAUACAAUGGGAUACGCUUUCACCUAUCCGGUCUUCUCUUACCUGGGUGGCUGCAAAAUCGGUUGCUACACGCAUUAUCCCACUAUAAGCACCGAUAUGCUUCGCAGGGUUCAGAAUCACGUAAACUCAUACAAUAAUCGAGGCUAUGUCGCUCGCAAUCCGUUUGCUACCUGGAUCAAAAUUGCUUACUAUCGAAUUUUCUCCAAGAUCUACGGAAUGGUCGGUCGAUGUGCUGACACUGUUAUGGUAAAUUCAAGUUGGACCGAAGGCCAUAUCAUUUCCUUGUGGGAUGUCCCUUACAAAACCCAUCGAGUGUAUCCACCUUGUGAAGUUUCUGAACUGAAGAAACUUGAAUCUCUAGCCAGUGGCCACGAGAAGAUAAUCAUUCUGUCCGUGGGUCAAUUUAGACCGGAAAAAGAUCACCCCCUCCAGUUGCAAGCCAUGUAUGAACUGCGGACGCUGCUUAACAAAGACGAAGACCUGUGGAAUCGAUUGCGGUUGAUGAUUGUUGGUUCAUGUCGAGAUGCCGAGGAUCGAGAACGUGUUAAAAAUAUGCAGGACUUUGCUAAGCACCUUUCGUUGGAGAAUUCGGUCGAAUUUAGAGUGAACGUUUCCUAUCAGGAGUUGUUGCAGUGCUUCCAGGUUGCUACCAUUGGAUUGCACACGAUGUGGAACGAGCAUUUUGGGAUCAGUGUUGUAGAUUGCAUGGCCGCAGGGUUGAUUAUGGUCGCUAAUAGGUGA